UCGUAUCGUAGCGCUACAGAAAUUGUGCUUUUGUCAGAUGGUGGUGAAAUUAGUUUGUAAACAAUGUCAUCGCUGACCGGUGUACGCGUAAAUCUUUUCAAUGAAAAUUUCCUGAAUGAGUCCGAACAGGAUGCCAAUACUGUAUUAACCGAAUUGGACAAAGGACUAAGAUCCACCAAAAUUGGUGUUCAAUGCGAGGCCAUAGUGCGUUUUCCGCGUCUGUUUGAAAAGUAUCCCUUCCCUAUACUGAUCAAUUCCUCUUUCCUAAAAUUGGCCGAAUUCUUCUUAAAUGGCUCCAAUUUACUGCGAUUUUGGGUUUUGCGGGUGUGCCAACAAAGCGAAAACCAUUUGGAUAAGAUUUUAAGCAUUGAUGCCUUCGUAAAGAGGAUUUUUAUGGUAAUACACUCCAAUGACCCCGUUGCCAGAGCAUUGACGUUGAGAACACUGGGAGCUGUGUCGCGUGUUAUACCAGAGAAACAACAGGUACAUCAUGCGCUUCGCAGAGCAUUGGACAGCCAUGAUACGGUCGAGGUGGAGGCAGCAAUUUAUGCCAGUGGCCAAUUUGCAGCACAGUCCAGAUCGUUUGCUAUAAGUAUGUGUAGCAAAAUUUCCGAUAUGAUUGAAUCUCUGCAAAUUCCGGUGCCCAUGAAAUUGCAAUUGAUACCGGUUUUGAGGCAUAUGCAUCACGAUGCCAAUACCGCUGCUUUGGUAAAGAAACUUUGUCUAAAUUUAUUGCCAAAAUAUCCCGCAGAAAGUUUUGUUGUUGCCAUUUUUGCCUCUUUAACGGAAUUAUCAGCUAGAACAUUAACCGGAGUUCCCGACCAAGUAAGCCUUUUGCUGGAGGCCAUUAGCAAUGAUCAACGCAAACCAGUCAGAGCCCAAGCUUUAAAUUCUUUAAACAAGUUGGCUGAAAAACAAUGUGUUCAUGCGUGGCCAAAAUCUGCCAUAAAGGAUCUAAUUUCAAAAGCCUAUUCUUGUACGGAUGCCACAGAACAGUAUCUAUUUUUGGGCAUUAUAUUAAAGCUAAGCGAUUGUCCUUUGACCUGCCACAUACUACUCGAUCAAUACGAAGAACAUCCAUCUGUAUUGGACUUGUGCAAAAAUUGCUUAUGUCUAAACGAUUAUGCCACAGCUAGCCAGUCCAUCACUGUGCUAGCAUCGCUCGUCUCCUAUGCUGACCAGAAUAACAAACCUCAAUACAUAACAGUCAUAAUGGAAAUGAUAAACCUGCAUUUGCAAAGUCUUUUGUGGUGUACCGUACGCGACCCCAAGCAUUCGGGAGACUUGAGAAAAAUUUUAGCUUGUGGCAUACGAGUCUCAGCGGUAAAAGCUACAUUUGGCAUUGAACUAGUAACCACAUUGGCAAAAUUUCUCAAUGACGAUGUGCAGUAUCCUCCGGCAAAUGAGAAUGCCAUGUGCGAAGCUUUAGGUUCAUUGUGUUCCUACUUUCAGUUGAAAAAGUAUGCCCCACCAUCGAUAACGGAGGAUGAAGAAAUGGAAACCAACCAAUUAAGAGAGCAAAGGACUAAUCCUGUCUUAAAGAAUAUUUUGCUUUUUGUGCGCAAAUUAACUUCAACUGUUGACCGUAUUUCGAGCCAAGAACCCUCACCUUCAGUGGAGAUUUUGUCUGCAGUUGCCUUACAAGCAAUGAUGGGAUGUUUUAUGCCCACAAAGAUAAUGAAGACAUUUGAACAAAACAUUGUCUGUAAAACCAAUCAAUGGACCCAGUAUCGCAUAGCUCGUUCCGCAAGCCGUUAUGGUCAACACUAUUUGGCUGCACACAUAUAUUUGAGAAUUUCUCGCAGUACCGUAGUGGAUAAAUUGCACUUCUUUCUAACUGGACUGGCACAGCUGGCCCAAGCGGAAUGCAUUUUGAAUUACAGCGUGCCGUAUGAGUUCAUGCACGAAAACUACGAAUUGUGUGAAAAUCAUGUAAUGCGCAGCAUGCCUAUGGAGCAAUCAUUGCCACUAAUGCAACGUUUGGAAAUGGCAAUCAAUUUGUAUUGGCAAGCAUUGGCCAGUUUAAGAGCUAGUUCUUCGCCCUCACAUCCAUUUACAUUUCAAUUGGAGUUUAUUAAACUUAGAGCUCAAUUUUUACAAACACUACACUCCGCAGUGACCAUUAAGAAUGCUCAAAUAAUAGUGCCACCUCCAGCUAUAGCUGGAAGUUUGGCUCAAAACUCAAGAGACUAUCUGCAAAAGUUUGGCCAUGUCACCAACCAACUAAGAAAACUUGUCAAAGAAUUAAAAGUAUGUGAGGAAACCUUUGGGCGCCUUUAUAAAUCUGCCUUUGAUGCCGAUCCCAUAACCUUGGAGUUUCUGGAGAUAGUUCAACAUCAGUGUGCUUUGUUUGCACAUAUUGUAGAGACAAUAUGUUUUGCUUCUCCCUCCGAGCCACCGGAUUUUCAAGCUAUUGGAAAAUGUCCCGAAACUAUGUAUUUGGUUAAUUGUUGCCGUCGCAUGGAGGAACUUAGCAAAUCCAUUCCCAAAGAGAGCAGCAAUAAUAAAACAAUCAAUAAUUUCCAUUUGGACAUAAUAUUGGCAGAAAUCGAAGUAAUUACCAAAACACCGUUGUGUUUGCCUCGUUACUUUUUCCAAGUUUUGCAAUCUACCCAAAUCAAACUAUCAGUUAGUCCUCAGCCCAGAAGCGAUGGCAAGCCAGUCAAUGUGCAGGCAGGCAGUAACCUUGUGAUUAAAGUAGAAGGUGUCAUCCAGCAUUAUGGCAAAAAACCUUCGCUUUUCCGUAGUGUUGACGCUGUGCAGUUAAGUUUAAUGUCGAAACUGGUGCAGACACCAAGACCACCGGGUGGUGAACUUUUGAAACAACAGAAUGACACGGUUACACUAACACAAAUCGUAAAGCCUCAAAGGGAUUUCCUAUCGGGAAACUUUUUGCUUCCCAUAUCAUCGGGAGGCCAGUGGCAGGUGACGUUGGAGACAUUUGUUAUUGAUGAGAAUGGAAUUAUGUGGUGCACGGGACCCAAAAACUCCAUGCUGGUGCGAGUACUUGAUGAUCCAGCUAAACAGCAGGCUCCGGCUCCCUCCUCACAAACUAGGCGUUUCUAAGUCCCUGCAAAUAAAUCCAUGCAGGAUUGUUACUUAUGUUGUUGUCAUUCCCUUGGCAGGGAUUGACCCGAUGGAGUUCUUCAUCGGCAAGGGCUGCCGCCUAGGUGUAUAACAAACUGCUACAACAACAACUGAUGUAGUUAUAGCCGCAUUCUUUCAUGUGGUGUCUGCUAUCCUUGGCCAAUUUCUUUAGGUGGGUUGGAACGUUUUGGGAGAUAAAACCGAUCGUUGUGAGCAUGACUGUUGCCAGUUAGCAUUUUUUUUACUAGGAUUUUGAAUAAAAGCUAUGUUGCUGUAUA